CCUAAAUGUGAUCAGACAACACCCGUGAGAUCGAGGAACAAGGAAUAUGAUAAUGAGAAAUCAGAACUGAUUUAGCUAAAAUAAUGUGAAAUAUGGCAUUAUUUCUGUACUCUGUAUACCACCAAAACAAUCUACAUGCAUUUUAAGCAUCUGGACCUAUACGUUUUGCAGUUGCAUCUUGCAGGUGUGACAGCAUCAUAAAUGUGGUAAAGACCGAGAUGAGCACGGGCAGCAAGCGAGAGAGGGAGCAGAGGAGAAAACUGCAGCUCUUUCUGACCGACCUGGCCUUGCUUGGAUCACUGCAGGGUUUCAGGUAUUUCCAGCCUUGGCUUAGAGGGAGAGAAGAGCUUCUUCUAACAGUAGUCAAUGAGGACUUGGGUUGGCGUUCCCCGGGGUUUGCGGUGUCGGCAGCCUCCUCCGACAGCAGCAGUAGCAGAACCUCAUCCAGCAGUAGCACCUACAGCCUAGCUAGCCAUGCUAGCAACAACGCCAGCCCCUCUAGCCACGCCAGCUCUCCCCUGCCUGAUGGGCCAGGGGCACGGAGGUCACAACCCAGCACGCUGUACACACCGAGACCUCUGUCACAGGCCGACAGGGACCACAGCAGUGAGGCCCACCUCCUCCCUGCCUCUCCCAGUGAGAGGGAGAUUGCUGUGCCUGAAGUAAACUGCACCCUUUUCCUGUUGGCCGGCUAUGCCAAAUAUGGCCGCCCGUACGCUUGGAUACGGUCUAACCACGAGCGCCUGGUUAACAUUGGUGGUACUGAUGCACUGGUCAAGGACACUCCGAUGAAACUCAAGUCUGUCACAGACUGGCAAACGCAAGAAAUCAGGAUAUGGGAUGUCGUGAGUGAGUUGGUGUGUCUCUGCACCGUUCCUUCCCCCUCCAACCCGCUGGCCCUCGACAUGCGCUACCUGAAAAGCCUUCCCCUCACUGAAGGUUUCCUAGUCACCGGGGCCCUCCUCAACUUCCUGGAGAUGUACGCCGUCCACGGCAACCGAGAUGAACUGCAUUAUGAUAAAGUCAUAGAGGAGGUGAAGAGUCUGAGAAGACUCCAUGUCCAGACUCUGCUAGAGGUCCAGCGACAGAGAGGCACCACCAGGCCCGCCUCUAGCCCAACAACAGGGGCCUCCUCUGAGGACGAGUGACCAGGAUGUCCCCGCCCCGCCCCCCGCCCCGAUGGUCUGAACCACGAACCCCAAUCUUUAUAAAACACAGCAUUGUUUUUGCUGUAUAAGAUAAGACCUACUGUAGGGUCAGUGUGCUAACCCAGCUAAGGAUAAAAUAGGACAAUUCAAAUGGUUGACUUAUGAAUGCAUGUCCACCCAAUAGGUUCUGUUCUGUGCACCACCAGUGUAUUGAACGGUAUCAAUUAGUAUGUAAAAAUGUAAUUGGCUCAGAUUUCAGCUUCAGACGUGAAGCAUACCAAAUGUUGACAACUGAACAUUGCCCAGGUGUGUAUACUACUGUAUAUCCCCCUCCCCCCCCCAUUGCCAGCAUAACCAGGUACUGGUAUAAACAAUCUUGUUUGUGAGAAAAUAAAGCACCCUGUGAGAUUGGUCACAUGCCCCAGAUUAAAAUCCCAUGACCUCUGUGAACCUGUCCACCCUCCCAAACGUUGGAAUUCUGUCUACUUCUGACCAAACAGAACCCCUGUUAAAAAUAGACAUGUGGGCUGUAGAGAAAGUACUGCCAGGGUCGUUGUUUGCCUCAUUCAUCAUGUUUGAAAGUAGUGAU